AUAACUUUAUUUCAAUUGAGCAGACAGUCAUGUCAAGCAAAUGAAGAACACAUAAUCAAGAGUAUAUUGGAAGAGGGAAACAGAUUCUUUCUGAUCAUUCAUAGCAACCACAUUUAUCCCCUAGUUAUUAGAGAGGAAAAUGUCUUCAGAUAACCAGUGGUCAGCAGAUGAAGAUGAAGGCCAGUUAUCCCGACUGAUCAGAAAAUCUAGAGACUCCCCGUUUGUCCCUGUAGGGAUAGCAGGGUUUGUGACUGUGGUGUCCUAUGGUCUUUACAAGUUGAAAUACAGAAGAGAUCAGAAAAUGUCCAUUCAUCUUAUUCACAUGAGAGUUGCUGCCCAAGGAUUUGUUGUAGGAGCUGUGACUCUAGGUAACCGACUUAAUUUGUAUAUGAUUCAACCAUCUUUGAGACAAACACUGAGCGUGUGCUAUGUGCAAGGCACUUGGUGGUCUAGAGAUAUAAGAACCUUCAAAGUAGAUGCUGGGAGUGACAUAGAAAAAGUUGAUGCCCCUCAUCCUGGAACUAAACACAGACCUGGCCAAGGAGUCAGAGAAAGUGAGAGGACAGUCAGCAGGGGCCAUAGUCGCCGCACUCCUGAUUGCUGCCCCAUGCCAACGAAGCAGUCCAGCAGAUAA